AGCCCCAAGAAAGAAAAGAAAAAAAAACCCACAGCAUAGACCAGUAGCCCUCACCCCUUUUUAGGACAGGAUCCAAUGCCUUUGCCCACCACUCUCUCUCUCCUUUUACUCCGCCCAUAGUCUCCUCCCCCUUCCACAACAAUCAAUAAACUAGCAAAAGUCAGCGCCUCCGCCUUAUCUCCUCCUCCCCCCCGUCUCCUCCAGCGCCAAGAACCCAACCACUCCGCGUCCGCGCCAAUGGAGGAGGACCGCUACUUCGACAACUGGGAUCUGGACACCGUCGUGCGCCUGGGCUGCCGCCGCCGCCUCUCCCCGCCGCGGCAACCUGACAACCCCUUCGCGGCGUUCCUGCUUCCGCCGCCGCAGCCGCAGAAGGAGAAGCCAGCGCCGGCGCCGGCGCCGGAGCCUGCCAAGGAGCCGGAGGCAGAUGCCGGGUGGCGCUUCCCGGACCUCUUUGCUGGCGGCGGGCAGGACGGCGACGAGCUCCUCAUGGCCCUGUUAGCCGCCCACCCUCCCCUGCCUCAGCCGACUCUGCCAACGCCAACGCCGCCGCCUCCUCCGCCAACACAACAGCAGCAGCAGCAGCCACCGGUGGUGGCAGCGGUGGACGCGCCGCCACCUCAGGUGCGCGCCGCCGCUGCUCCGGCUUCUGCUCUGACGAGGGCGCAGCCGAGCGGGCGGCCGGUGCCCGGCGGAGUGCCAAGAUCCAAGAGAAGGAAGAACCAGGUGAAGAAGGUGGUCUGCCACGUUCCGGCGGACGGCUCGUCUUCGGACGUGUGGGCGUGGCGCAAGUACGGCCAGAAGCCUAUCAAGGGCUCUCCCUACCCAAGGGGCUACUACCGGUGCAGCAGCUCCAAAGGGUGCGCGGCGCGGAAGCAGGUGGAGCGCAGCCGCUCGGACCCCAACACCUUCAUCCUCACCUACACCGGCGAACACAACCACGCGGCGCCCACCCACCGCAACUCGCUCGCCGGGACCACCCGCCACAAGUUCCCCUCCUCGGCCGCGCCGCAGCCGCCGCCGCCAUCCGUGGUGGUGGGCGGCGCCGGCGCCGGCGACGCGCAGGACCAGCACCAGCAGCCGAGCCCGAGUCCGACGUCCACGUCGGCCGCGGGGCUCUCCCCUACGACGCCACUGCGCACGCCGUCCAUGGAGGAGGAGGACGACGAGGAGGACGAGCUGAUGGUGGAGGACAUGGAGAUGGCCGGCGAGGACGAGCUGCUGUUCCUCACCGACGGCGACGACGCGGCACCGCUAGAGCCGAGAUCCUCGCUCUUCGACAUUGGCGACGAGCCCUUCCUGAGCUUCCCCUGGGUGCCGGCCCCCACCACCGCCGGCGAGCCAGCCACAGGAGCAGCCGGCGCCGGGAACUGACUUCUUGUUCUUGAUGAAGAGACAAUGAUGUGCCGUCCUUGUAGAUGAAAGAAAUCGAGGGAAGAGAAGAGAGGAGAAGAUAGCAUCUGAUCCUAAUCGAUCCGUUGUAGCAGCAUAAUGAUACUAGUAGUAGUUCUAGCAUCAGUAGUCAUCCCAGACCAGUACAGAGCUUGAUCCAUUACCCACCUUCUAGCAGUUCUUCACUGAUCAGAACAACACCAUCUUUGCAUUUUGUUCCUUUUCUGCUCUUUUUUUAGGUAUGGUUGGGACUUUGUAUCUCUUUUCCCUUAGGUGUCUGGUUUUUUUGCAUUUGUAAAUAGAAAGUGGUAGAUGAUGAACCAACAAAAAGGAGUGCAAAAAUGAAAGAAAAAGUGGAUGUUGUGUUUGGGUGGCUCUUCUUGGUUCUUCCUUUCCCUGCUCAACAACUUUUCUUCCUGCUUGUAGUAGCUUCUUUUCUUGUGUAAGCUUGAAGGGAGAUGAGAACUCUUUAAUUUAGUGGCAAAUUUGAUCGC